AGUCGCGGGAAACCCGAGGGAUCAACGUCACUUUUGACGUCAUUCCGUGGAGCAAGAAGCCAUGAUCGAAAUUUUGUUGUUUUCAAUCUGACAAUUUGCUGUUUCUGCAAAAACCGAAGCACAAAGAUGCUGAUUUAUGUAGAAAGCAAAGCUUUCCCGAACAAGACCUUUACCUUAAUAUGCAAUCCACAUGACACCAUCGCAAGAGCACGGGCACAGAUGCUCCACAUAUUGUAUGAGCUUGGCAGAGAAGAGCACCAGUUCCGCUUCAGAUUUAAGGGGGAAUACCUGCGAGAUGCCUAUACUCUAGAUGAUUACAAGAUACUUGACAAUUCUGUCAUAAAGAUGGUUCCCAUGAGUAAAAGGAAACGAGGAUCCUAUGCAAAUCUUCAUGGAUCAAGGAAUAGUGGAAUUGAUGACGAGCAUGACUUCUCUUCCAAGGCUAAUCUCCCCGCAGGUCACCAUGAGCUUGAUGAUGUCCAGAAAGCACUUUAUAAAGAGAUAGCCAUUUUCACCAAGAGGGAAAAGUUGCUGACAGAUUUCAAGGUACUUCUUUGGAUUCAUUUCCUGGCCGCUGUUCUGUCUUUGACCACCACAUACCGCUAUGCUGCCAGCUGGUCUGGUUUGUUGAUGAUAUUUGGUUUUGCAUACUGUCCUAAUUACACAAGACUUGGAGGUUUUGUUGGAAAAUAUGGGAUGAACAAAAAGCAUUUCAUGAUUUUCUUCUCUGUGGGUGCAAUCAUGAACCUAACUGCCUCAUUGUUGAUGGGGAUCUACCUUAUUUUUGAGUUGCUGGCAUUUGUUUGUGACAAUCAAGAUCCCAGCUGCUUACGACAGAAAGAACUGAUGUGGUGGUCAAUUAUUCUCUAUCUGACCCAAGCUGUUGCACUAGCUGCCAGCAUCUUCAUCUCCAUCAUGCUCAUCUUCAACUUCAAUUAUGAGGUUGGCAACAUUAUUGAGAAGUUUCUGAUUCAAACCCGUGACAUUGACAAAGUAAUGAAUAGUGCUAAACUGGGGAAUACUAAGGAGAGGCGCCACGCAGCGUUUGAGCUUGCCAGCCUUGCUGCCCUUGGGGACGAGACUAAGUUCAGGAUUGUAGGUGAAGGAGGGUUGGAGUCUCUGAUGAAUCUUUGCCUCUCUGAUGAUAUUGCAACACAAGAAUAUGCUGCCGAAGCUGUAUCCGAGCUGCUUACGAUCCCUGCUAUACAGGAUCAGUUUGUUGAGCUUGGUGGAGUGCGGACAUUGUGUGCCUUGCUGCAUAGUAAAGACAAGCGAGUGGUGAAUGAGGCUGUGACAGCUCUGAGUUACAUUGUGGCAGACAGUGAGGCUAACCGACAAACUCUUCUAAACGAGAAUGGAAUGGAUGACCUAUUCUAUAUUGCAGAACGAGUGCAUGUUCCUGCUUCUCGGAUUGUGUCCGCCAUCUUCUUGGAGCUGGCCUUCAGUGCAGAAAUCCGAAUUAUGAUGAGUGCCCAACAGGCGUCAGUUUCUGCCCUGGAGAAGUUAUGCCGGUCCAGAGAUGAUGAGACGCAGCGCCUUUCACUGCAGACUCUUGAGCUUCUUGCAAUCGAGAACUCAGACACCAUAAUCGGCCAUGACGGUUUGCUGGAUUACUUACUCUUCCUGCCCAGUACAAGUGAUGACGAACAACUCUACCUACUCGCAAGCAAAAUACUGCUUUACUACGCCGAAAAUGAGUCUGCGUGUCAAAAGCUGGUAGAUUUUCCCGACCUGAAGAAUUGCUUGACAGACUUUGCCGUCUCCAACGAUCCACUGCUGCAGAACAUCGUGGCUAAAAUAAUCCUAGCCAUGCUGGACUCACACGAGAACAAAGAUGCCAUUGCCUCUCUCGGUCUGGACGAAGUGCUGAUGUUUAUAAAGAGUGACGCAACAGACCGUGAUGCGUGGGAGAUGUCUGAUCACGGCCUGACUAUCCUACAUAACAUUAGACCAAAGCUACACAAAGACGACUCUAAUACAUCUGUUGAGUCGAUCACAGGGAAGAAAGAUGUGUAAAUCACAGCCCGAAUAUCCCGCAACAUUAUGACCAGAGCUUCACAAAGCCGACUGUAAUGCAUUCUGUUGUGUCGAUCACGUGAAGGAAAGAUGCGUAAAUCACAGCCCGAAUAUCCCGCAACAUAUCUGACCAGAGCUUCACAAAGCCGACUGUAACGCACUCUGUUGAGUCUAUCACAGGGAAGAAAGAUGUGUAAAUCACAGCCCGAAUAUCCCGCAACAUAUAUGACCAGAGCUUCACAAAGCCGACUGUAACGCAUUCUGUUGAGUCGAUCACGUGAACGAAAGAUGUGUAAAUCACAGCCCGAAUAUCCCGCAAUAUAUCUGACCAGAGCUUCACAAAGCCGACUGUAAUGCAUCUGUUGAGUCGAUCAUGGGAAAGAAAGAUUUGUAAAUUACAGCCCGAAUACCCCGCAUAGUAUUUGAACAAAGAUGUGUAGAAAGCUAAUUAGUGUAGGUCAUAUCAGUCUUUUUCUUCUUGGGUGAUAGGGGUAUAGCACCCUGAUGCAUCCCUAAAGAGUUGGACCUCAGCCUAGUUACUGGUAUUGACUGGAGACUGACUGAGAGGUUGGUAAGCCUGUGUCAGAAGCUUUCCAUAAGAGUUUGACCUCAGCCUAGUACCUCUAUGAGGCAAGAGGGACUGGUGAGAGCCAAUCCAGUUUGAGGUGAGGUGUUCGGGUGACUUCAUUUCAUUACCACAGGAAACCCGAUCAGACCUCCAGGCACUAAGCUGGUGAGAGUCCACUUUGUGCAUUGACCUUAUCUGCAAAUAUGCCUAUAAGAAAAGCUCAGAGGUAGUUGUGAAUGGUGGAAAACAUUUAAGGUCGAAGUAUGAUAAUAUAAUAAUAGUGAACUGUACAUAUUCCUGGUAGAUAUAUUGAGUGCUUUUGCUUGUACCUUCCUGGGAGCAUUUGUAUUUUUCUUUUUUCCGCAGCACGCUACCAAUUGUAUCCAUUCCUGUAAACUUUUAUCAUGUAUUCCCCAAUAUUUUUGCUCCAUAUCGCACAAGUGUAGAAUUUAUAGUUGUACAGUGUAUAGUUGUAUAGUUUACAGAUAUUGUGUCAGCACCAUUCAAUAAAUUAUUGGGACACAA